GACUCUCCGGGCGCACAUGACUGGGAGCACCAGAGAUUCUGUCAUAGAUUCCACCUCUCUGUCCGCCUCGUUCUCUGCCUAGCAACAACAACCUGAAGAUGGCCAAGGACCUUUGUAUUGUCGCUCCUCUGAAUGGGAUGUUUGGCCCUACAGAAGAAGGGCAAGAAUGUGGACACUGCUACCAGCUGGACUUGGGGGCAUUGGUAGGCAUCAUCGUCUGUGACAUCAUCCUCACCCUCUUCCUCGUUGCUUCUGUGUUCAGUUUCACAGUGUGCAAGAGGAAGAGGAGCAGAGCCAGCCCUCACGAGGCAAUGGCAAAGACCUCCAGUUCUGUGAGGAAGACAGCUGAGAUCACUGAAUCUCCUUACCAGGAGUUACAUGGAGUCCAAUUAAAUGUGUACGAAGAUCUUCAAACAUUCAGGAAAUAGGAUAUCUUAAGAGGGACAUUCUCGGAAAUUGUUUAUGGCUGGAAUAUGAGAAUAACGAUGUUACAAUGAUCUGACUGUACUAUUAUUAUGCUUUUUUCCUGAUGUAGAGCUAAGAUAUAUGUGUCUACCUUACAUACUGCAUCUAUUUGUGUGUAAAAAGUACAGGAUUGUAUUUAAGUUAAGGUUAACAUUAAAUUGUUGUUAUUUGGGAUAUUGGAAAUUCCUGCAUGAUUGUUUGUAUCUUAACUGUUUGUAUCUGUAUUGUUAUGUUUCUGUACCGCUUAUAUACUUAUAUUAUUCACAUGCUUAAUUGUACUGAAUAUGUAUUUUUCUACAUUUGCUUUCAUUUGACAAUAUUGUUGAAUUAUGGUCAUAUUGUUUCCCCUGUUGGCUUUCUUACUGACAGUAAAACAGAAUCCCUUCUAUGCAUUAAUUGUAGAGAAGAAAAGAGAAGAAGAAAAUAAAAAAUCCCAAGAGAUAUUCUGGUCGGUUGUUUCCCAUGAGUCAAAUGUUGUAGGCCCUGACUAAGCAGUGUUGUACUCAAUCACAUUUUGAACAUUAAAGAACUCGUUCAUGAA